AUGAAUCACCAGCAAUAUUAUUAGUAAAUGCCUCCUUCUUACAGCAAUAACAACAACAUGGAUAACCCAUAAAUUUCAUAUAAUCCCUAAUAACAACAACAAACUUAGAUUAAGAUACAAGGUCAUCCUCCUCCUAUGUAAAUGCAAUAGUAACAGUAAUAAAUAAACUAGCAAGCAUAGCCAAUGAUAAAUUAUCAAACUCAGAUGAACUAACAAUAGGCAGUUUACUAAUCUAAUUCAAUAUAAGUUCAAAAGAAAACACCGUAAUAGCAGUAGGUGCCUCAAGCUUAAUAUAGCAUAUAACCACAAGCAAACAUUAAAAGAUAAUCUUAAUAGAAAGUAAGCAGCGGGACAAUCUACAAUAGCGUAAGUAUUAACCAAAAUGGAAAUCACAGCAACUAGUCUUAGAAAAAUGACGUCGAAAAAUAGAAUUUGAUAGGAAUUCAAGCGUAAAAUUUGUAUCUACUGAAUUACAUUAAUAAGUUAGAAUUUCUUGUUCAAGAGUCAAUUAAAGAUAGAAAGCAAGAAAAGAAAAAGCGGGAAAAGCAAAUUAAUCAAAUUUUGAAAGCCCUUAGUGAUAAGCCUUAGCUAUCAAAGGACAUUCCUACUCUUAGCUAUUAUCUUGGAAUGACCAUAGGGAGUGACGAUAAAAUAUUAGAUAAAAUCAGAGACUCAGAUGCAGAAGAGGAGAAUGACUCUGAUGCACAUGAUUCUCUGUCAAAACGCCUAUUUGCUAAGAAUCCAUUAGAGGAUUAAGUGAACAGAGAUGAAGCUUUAGGAUAAGAGUCGAAUGAAGACAAGAAACCCUUAAUUGAUUUGAAAAUGGAAUUAAUAAAGAAGGAGUUACCUUACUUGGAGAAAAACUAUGAUAAAAAGAAGUUCUAAAUAGAUAUCAAUGACUCAACUUGCCUCGAAGCUGUUGAUAGGUCUAAAGAUCUUAUUAAGAAAGAAAAAGAAAGCUAAGAGAAUAAUACUGUUGGGUCUGGAUCUAAUAUUGGCAAGAGAAGCUAAAGAGAUAAAGAUGAAAAGGAAGACUCUCUUGAUGAAUACCAAAUUAGUGACUUUAUGAAGAAUGAAUGGAAAUACUUAUCCAAAAUUAGCUCUAAAUUGAAGUGA